AGUAUGCAUAUUUUUUCUUCACAUCAAAAUGGUUGCAAAAAAAAUACAAAAUAUUACUCCAAUUCCAAUCACUCUACUCUCGGGAUUUUUAGGUUCAGGAAAAACCACUCUUCUUCAAAAUAUCUUAACUACUUCACAUGGUCUAAAAAUUGCUGUUGUCAUUAAUGAUAUGUCAUCUUUGAAUAUCGAUGCUGCAUUAAUUCAAGAUCAUAAAAUUACUAAAACUGAAGAGAAAUUAAUCAAAUUACAAAAUGGGUGCAUAUGUUGUACUUUGAGAGGUGAUUUGUUGGACGAAUUGGUUACUCUUGCCAAAUCUGGAGAGUUUCAAUACAUUGUUGUUGAAUCGACGGGGAUUUCAGAGCCUAUGCAAGUUGCUGAGACUUUCACUACUGAAUUUACAGAAAUGUUAUUAGAGAGUAGUGAUUCAUUAGAGGAAAAGGAGGAAAAACCCCUAAGAGAAAUUAUUGAUUUGGGAGGCUUAAAUAAACUUACAAAAUUAGAUACUUGUGUUACUGUGGUUGAUGCUCUUAACUUUAUUUCUAACUUUGAAACUACUGAUUUUUUAAUUGAUAGAUUUGGAGAUAAUGGUCAAAAUGAACAAGAACGUACCAUUACAGAUUUAAUGGUAGAUCAAAUUGAGUUCUCUGAUAUAAUUAUUAUUAACAAGAUUUCAUCAGUAAAGAAGAGUGUUCUAAAGAAAAUUGAAAAAAUUGUUGCUUCCUUGAAUCCUGUGGCUAAAGUUUUGAAAACUAACUAUAGCAAAGUUGAUAUAAAGGAGGUUCUUAAUACAAAACUUUAUGAUUUUGAAAAGGCUUCUACGUCAGCAGGUUGGUUGCAGAGUAUUAAUGAAAUGACUUUAAGAGAAGGAUUUGGAAAUAAAGAUAAAUUAAAUCUAGCUCCAAAACCAGAAACUGAAGAGUAUGGUAUUAACAAUUUUGUAUAUAAAUCUAGAAGGCCAUUUCAUCCAGAAAGACUUUAUAAAUUAAUGAACAACAAGUUUGUAAUCAUUGAACAGACGGGUAUUGACGAAGAAAUGGGACUUGGGGCUGAAGAUGAAAAUGGUGAUGUUAAUGAAGAUAGUGAAGAUGAGGACAGUGAAGAUGAUAAUGAUAGUGAAGAUGAUAAUGAAAAUGAAGAAGAUGAAGAUGGUGAAGAACAAUCGGAAAGUGAACUUUUGAAAAAUAAAAAUGAAUCAGAGUUUGGCCCACUUCUUAGAUCGAAGGGUUUCUUCUGGUUAGCCUCAAGACAUAUUAUUCGUGGUGAAUGGUCUUCGGCAGGCUUGAUGCUUACAUUAAAAGGGGGAAUUCCAUGGUUCUCGGUUACUGGACCAGAAUAUUAUCCACCAGAAGCACGCUUAUUGAUCGAAAAAGAUAUGGAAGGUGAAUUUGGUGAUAGGAGAAAUGAAUUGGUUUUCAUUGGUCUUAAUUUGAAUAAAUCAAAGCUUACACAAGCUUUGGAUGAAUGCUUGUUAACCGAUGAAGAGUACGAAUCUUUUAAAAGCGUAGUUAAAGGGGAAAGAAACUUAUUCUACGUUGAAAAGAAAUUACAACAAACAUUCAACGACGGAUUCGAGAAUUGGAUUUCAUUUGAUGAAAAUGAUGUAGAUGAAGUUGACAAAAAGGUUGAAGAGGCCGUAGAAAAGCAUUCCGGUCAUAAACAUGACAGUCAUUUGAAAACUACGCCAGUGCAAGUCUAAUACGCAUGAGACCAUGCUCUGCUUAAACAACUAAAGUAGAUUUAUAGAAAUUACUUCUUUUAUAUUUCAAUGC